CGCCCUCUAGGGACCGAGAUCUGAUGAAUCUGACAACCAACCCUGUUCUCCCCUAAUAGGAAGGGAACCUCCCCGCAGCUAGAGGCCAGACUGUGAUACACGUCGUCCGUCGCAGCCCCGACUGAUCACUGUGUGUCAGAGUCUUGAGGAUGAAGAUCGCUGUGCUGGGAGCCACUGGGCAGACUGGACAGUAUCUGGUCAACCAGGCGCUGCAGCAGGGUCACACGGUCACCGCCAUCGUCAGGAACCCGGGGAAACUCGCCGUGCAUCAUGACAAUCUUAAGGUGGUGGAAGGUGACAUUUUCUCAGAGGACAGCCUGAAGUCUCAUUUUAAAGGACAGGAUGUCAUCAUGUCCUGCCUCGGCUUCCCAACAUCCUUCUUCUCCGGGGUGACGGGUUACACCCUCUCCAUGAGGGCGAUGGUCAGCGCCAUGCGGCAGACCCGGGUCAACAGGAUCAUCACCAUGACGUCCUGGUACACUGAGCCUAACUCUGGAACUCAGUCGCCGUACCUCAUCCGGUUCCUCCUGCUGCCGAUGAUCCGCAGCGUCCUCACCAACAUGUUCGAGAUGGAGCAGUUUCUGCAGAAGUCCGACGACAUCAACUGGACCGUGGUUCGCCCACCUGGUCUCAAGAACCUGCCCGCCUCAGCUCAGGAGUUUAUGACACAUGAAGGAUACUUCGUGCCCGACAGCAACGGCAGCUCGGUGGCAAGAGGAGACGUGGCUCGCUUCAUGCUCUCUCUGCUCAACAGCAACGCCUGGGUGCAGAGUGCAGUCGCCGUGACUACCAAAUUAUAAAGCUGGUGUUGGCAUUUUUGAAGGGUUGCUUCACCCAAAUUACAUAUAACACGUUUUCUUACUUGGUGCAGAUAGGUUUGGUUUAAGUUGUCCUGGUUUUAAGUAUUGAUUUCUGUGAAUUUUGCCUCCAGCCAAAAUACCCUUGAGGUGAAUGUAACAUAUUGAUUGAAUGCAUUUAAUAAUUAAAGCUGCAAUAAUUUAUAUUUCUAUAUAAACACUGGAUCAAACAUAUUUUAGUUCAUUUUGACCACAUUUAUCAGGUUGUUUUUGGAGAAAAAGCUCUAAAAAAACCCCCCAGUUAACACUACCUGUCCAACAUUAAAUUUGGGUGAACUGACCCUUUAACAAAAUGUGCAGUCCCUUCCUCGCCUUCACAGUGUGCUUCACAGCAGCCUUAUGAAUGUCUUUAUUUACUGUUAUAAUGCUUUUGUCUUUGAAUGUUUCAUCAAUAAAUGUGCCAUUUAUUUAUGUUUCUGCUGUAAGGAGCCACACGUGUGACUGUAGUUCAUAAUUUCGGACACAUGAGGGCGGUGUUGUCUUAUUUAGUAAUAUAACAGCAACUUAACCAUAUGCUUUUACAUACCACUGUACUAAAGCUGCAACCAUUAAACAAUCUAUUUUGAUAAUUGA